AUGUUACAACAUCAAGAUACAGAUGCUACUAAAAAUACUAAGUCUACUCAAAAGGUUAGUGCUCCUCCCAUGGGCGUCCCUGAUGAUGAGAUUCUGGAUGUUUCUCCUCUCUUUGUUAUUCCCGGCGCGGAUAUUGAUUUGACCCAACCCAUCUCCAUUCAUGCCUCCACUUCUGCAUGUUCCAAUCAAGGUAAUCCCUCUAGUAUUCCUUCUGAUCCAACUCCUGCCACUAACUCUAAGGAAGGAACACACUAUACUAAUCGUGUUAUAAGAGACCUAGUCACUAGAAUUCUUAAUGAAGGCCACUAUGUGAAGGGAGUUUCUACUCCCCUUUCUCAAAUCUACCCCUCUCCUGAGGUUCAACAACAUAGUGGUAAGGAUGACGAAUCCUCCAAUUAUGAAAAGGACUUGGUUGCUGAAAGGUUGCGCUCUCUAAGGCAGACCAUGUUUGAAAAAGGGAAAUUUGUGGCUUCACACACUGCUAAUGCUUCCCACUCUAAGAAGCGUGAUUAUGCAAAUCUUGUGAUUGAUAUAGAGGAUGGUAGCUCUGAUGAUCAAGAGGAAAGCUUGAUUCAUCACAUGAAUUCAAGUGUGGCUAAACGCAUGAAGACUCACAAAGGAAAAUUUGUGGCUGAACUUAUGAAGUCUCCUGUUAAAGUUCUUGCUGUUCAUUUGGAUAACAUCUCCUUCCAUCUUGAGGAUGGAGCUGCUAAGUGGAAAUUUGUGAUUCAGAGAAGGGUAGCUGUGGCAAGGGAAUUGGGAAAAGAUGUUGCUGAUGUCAAGGAGGUCAUGGACCUGAUAAAAGUUGAUGGGCUGUUGAAGACUGUUGUUGGGUUCUCUCAAUGCUAUGAAGGUUUAGUUAAGGAAUUUAUUGUUAACAUUCCUGAGGAUAUUUCUGAUAAGAACAACAAGGAGUUCUGCAAGGUGUAUGUGAGGGGCAUAAAAAAUGAGGGUGCAGGAGAAUUAGAAGUUACAGACAAUCAGGUCUGUAGGGAGAUUACAGCUAGGCAGGUGAAAGUUUGGCCUGUUAAAAAGCAUCUUCCUGCUGGGAAGUUGAUUAUCAAGUAUGCUAUCCUGCAUAAAAUAGGAGCUGCCAACUGGGUCCCUACAAACCAUAUCUUCACCAUUGCUAAUACUCUUGUGAGGUUUAAUUUUGCUGUUGGGACAAAAGUGAAAUUUGACUAA